AUGAGUUUAAGACUAUAUGAAGUUUUCCUGGAAAAUCAACCGUUUCCAAGGGUUGAUAAUAAUAUUAGUGAACAUUCAAGGGAGCUUGUUAUUCUUGGACACAAUCUUCCACAUAUCAUUCUUUUUAUAUUUGGAUCCUGUAUCAUUGGAGCUCUCUUCAGGUCCCUUGAAAAGAAAGUUAAACUGCCUUACACCGUUCUUGUGUCAAUGUUUGGAAUCAUAUUGGGAAGUAUUAAAUAUGAUGAGGUUAAACAAUACACUAAGCAAAUGGCCAAUAUUGACCCUGUCCUACUAAUCCAUGCAUUCAUGCCAGUGUUAAUAUUUAGUACAGCUUUUGAAAUUGAAUCUCAUAUCUUUUGGAAAUCGCUGUUACAGGUGGCAUUGCUAUCUAUCCCAGGAUUUUUGAUUAACUGUACUUUAACUGCAGUGUUAGCUGUUAAAGUUUACACCUACAACUGGGACUGGUAUACUGCCAUGAUGUUUGCAGCCAUAGUCAGUCCCACAGACCCAAUCAUAUCUGUGUCUUUACUAAGAAACAUAGGCUCUGCAAAAGCCCUAACUCUUUUAAUUGAAGGAGAAUCUCUGUUUAAUGAUGGCACCUCUAUCAUUAUGUUUGAAAUCUUCAGAGACCUUGCUAUUGAUCCUUAUGAUAUUAUAGCAUCUGAACUUGCAAUAAAACUGGUUUUAAAAAUUUUUGUGAGUCCUCUGUUUGGAUUUCUAAUGUCAAAGGUUGUAAUGUUUUGGCUGUCUUAUAUCUUCAAUGAUGGACUGAUUGAAAUAACCAUGAGUCUAGCAAUGACUUAUAUUACCUUUUACGUAGGUGAGAUCUUUUCUGAGUGGCUUGGAAUGUCUGGUGUCAUUUCUGUUACGAUGUUGGGUCUUCUCUUGGAUACAGUAAACUUCAGCCCAGAAAUUGAAGUGUUCUUAUUACGCUUCUGGGAGAUGCUGACAUACCUGGCAAACACUCUGAUCUUUAUCAUUGUUGGAGUAGUAAUAGCUGAGAGAUCAUUUGAACACUUGGCAGUUAACGAUGGCUUUUACAUUGUGGUGCUCUACUUUGCGUUGAAUAUUAUAAGGCUUGUAAUGAUAAUAGUGUUAUCCCCAUUACUGUCACGUAUUGGUUAUGGAUUCAAUUGGCGUUGGGCAUCAGUAUCUAUCUGGAGUGGAAUCAGAGGAGCUUUCAGCUUAAAUUUAGCACUCAUGGCGUUUCAAUCAGAAGGUUUAGAUAAAGUGACUGUUAAAAACAAGAUUCUGCUGCAUACAUCAGGGAUGGUAGUGCUCACUCUGCUAAUUAAUGCUACUACAAUGACAUGGUUACUCAAACUUUUAGGUCUGUGUGAUAUUUCUGCACCAAAACGCAUGGCAAUGUACAGUGCAGUCCAGCGAGUGCGCGACAGUGAAGAAAACACCUUUUCCAUGCUGAAAAUGGAUCGAUUUCUUGCCGACGCAAAUUGGAACAUGGCUGAAAAAAUAGUUGAGAUUGCGGAUCCUUACAAAACAACAGACGAAAAGGUAAAUGUCAGCGUGGAAGGAUUUUCCACAAUAGCUCGAACAAGCAAAUGCCCUGACUGUGAAAAGAGCAUCCCAUGUGAACCAUCCCCACGUGAGAUGGAAGAUAUGCUGGAGGAAGCCCGCAUGCGUAUUCUAAAGGCACAAAAGACUAGUUACUGGAGGCAGUACAGCUCUGGGAUGUUAAACAGAUAUGCUGCAAGAACUCUAAUUAGCACCACUGAGAACAUAACUGAUUGCAAAGGGAAAUUCAUGACUGUCAAAGAUGUGAAGAAAUACUGGGAAUUAAAAGGUGUUUUUGUCUUACUAAGAAGGAAGCUGGAGGACUGGAUGUAUGAUGUUAAAGUGGACAAGUUGAAACCAUCAAAAAACUUCAUCUUGAAGAGGUGCUACCAAAUUGUGUUUAGUAAUACAUUUGAAUAUUUCAUCUAUACCUUAAUAUUACUGAAUCUGUUCCCCAUUAUACUGGAGUAUAUUCCUCAACAAAGUUUGGAACUUGACCAAGAGCUCAGAUUUACCAACUACAUUUUCUUUACAUCUUAUUUAAUGGAGGCAUCACUUAAGGCCCUAGCCAUGAGGAGAGCAUAUCUUUUCAACCACUGGAACCAGUUUGACCUGUUUAUCAUUUCAAUGGCUGCUGUAGACAUCAUUUUUGAUCAGCUCUUUGGAUUUUCAGACCUUAACAUACACAUGAUCAAAAUAGUAAGAGUGUUUCGAAUGUUUCGCCUUACGAGGGCCCUGCGUUUGGUUAAGAUUAUGAUACCCAGACUUAUUGAGCUGCUUAACAAGCAAAUAAACAAACAACUAAGCUUUGGUUAUGACAUUGGAAAAGGAUAUGUUGUUGGGGAAGAAGACAUAAGCAAGAUUGUUGACCACAUUUCUGAUGAAAAGUCUAUUGCCCAGAAACUAAGAAAUAUACUGGAGAAAAACAGACAAGAAGCUGUCAGAGAACUUGGGCUGCUGCAGCGAGACCAUCCAGCAAUUGCCAUUUCUGUUAAAACCAGGCAGGCAAUUAGAACAGUUCUGAACAGCGAGAGAGACACUAUUCAUGCUCUCAUGUCUGGCGGGCUCCUUGAUGACAAUGAGGCUUUAAAGCUUGAAAAGAUGAUUGAACUAAAAAUGAAGCAGCUGAUAAAGUUUCCACCAGCUAUACCACCACCAACUGCUGAAGAGCUUUUAGUGAAUGUGCCUUGGUUAGAGAAAGGGAAGCUCCAAAUUCAGUUUAUGAAGAGCAGAGGGAAGCUUCUUUAUUUUGACUAUGGCGAUACCAUCAUUCGUGAAGGAGAUGAACCUCAAGGAAUUCACCUGAUUGUUUCAGGCAUGGUGAAGGUUCAUGGCACUAGCCCAUACCUUGGGACUAAGAAGCUAGCCCUGGCCUCUGAUUCAGCAGAGAUGUCUAGACUUACUGAUUACAGGAGCAGUGGUGCCAUUCUUGGAGAUCUGAACUGCUUGACACAGCAGAGAAUGGAAAUCACAGUCACUUGUGAGACUGCAACUCAGACCUGUUUUAUUUCAACUGAUACGCUGUUUGAAGCUUUUGAUGUGUUUUCUGAAUUUCCUUCACUGGAAUAUAAAAUUUGGCAUUCUCUGGCAGUGAAAAUCAGUGUUAGUACUUUCAUAGAAAACGUCAUCUAUCAGGGUUGGACCUACAAUAAGAUUUGUGCAUACCUGGCACAUGCCUAUUUAGUCGAUUUGGACAUGAACAGCAAAUUCAAUACCUACGAUGGAAGCAUGGAGGAGGCAGUUCUUGUGUAUGGAAGCUGCGAUGAUACUCAAAAUCAAAAAUCAUACGACGCACCUGCUGUUAUAUCAAAAAGAACUGGUCAGGUUACGAGUACCACCAAUUUAACGAAGCUAUUCAUUGUGCCAAGUGCCAGUGCAGAAGUGAAGGGGCGGUCUCCCAGUGCACAGCUUCAUGAUGGGAGGAGUGCUCCAUGUCUAAGACAUGCAGCUGCACAUCGACGAGGUAAACCAUGCAGAAGAAGAAAAGAAAAAAAGGAAGCCAAAAUUAUGGCAUUUGAAACUUUGUUCAAAAGUAUUUGGUACACGUAAGCAUUAACAUACUGAAAAUAUAACACAGAACUGUGCAUUAGUCCUA